CCCGCCCCUUCCAGUUGCUGAGCACCCCCUGGCGCCCGCAGCUGCCCGACUCCGCGCCGCCUCCGCAGCCGCAUGAGUUCUGCAUUGACACGCAGCGACUGCACCGGCUGCAGGCCGACGCCGCACGCGCCAGUGGGCUGUUCGACACCGCUGCGCGCGUGUUCGUGGGCCGGCGUGACGGGCGCACCUACCAGGUGUGGCGGCUGGCGGAUGUGGAGGCGAGGAGGCGGGCGACGUUCAAGGCGCUCAGCAGGGUUCUGGUGGAGCCGGCUGAGGACCCCUGGUCCGCCGCCGCCCCACUAGCCUCCGCGCAGCUGCCCCUCUCCGCAGCCCUCUCCGCGCCCCCCCUCACCCGACUGGAGCUAACCAACCUGCGGCGGCGGCUGGCGGGACAGCCUGCCGUACAAGUGUACGAACCCUCGGACGAAAUAGCGACUCGUACACUGGCCUGUCGUACGGCGACUGGCGGCGAGAAGCUGCUGUGCACGUUGCGCGUCACGGCUCGCCUAUCUCGGGAGCCUGAGGUUUCGGAGCAGCUGAUGGCGGCGCUGCACCCAGCGCUUCAGGCCGGCACUGGCUCCCCCAGCCUGCCCCCCCUGCACUGGCUGUCGCUUCUGGGCGCGGAGGAGCUGGCGCUGGGGCGGCUGCUGGCGGCGAUGAGGCAGCAGGCGGGGGCGGCGGCCAGCCGAGUCAUGGCGCUGCCGCCGCACGGGGUUCCGGAGCGGCAGGCGGAGCUGCGGGAGCUGGUACGGCAGGCGGAGGCUGCCGUACAGCUGAAGGAGCGGCAGCUGGCGGAGGGGCUGAGCAGCUGCGGCGCCGUGGUGGAGGCGGCGGUGCGGGCGCGCCCGGGGGAGGCGCAGCUGGCGCGGGCGCGACUGGCGCACGUCAGGGAGCACGUGGUCAGGUCCCUGGCGGCCCUGCUGGUCUUCUUCCGCCAGCGUCUGGAGCUGUACCGGCUGGGCGCCGCCGCCUGGCACUUCAUCACCGCCGCGGGGGGGCCGGAGGACCCCGUGGCCCGCCUGCCCGUCACCACCACUCCGCAGCAGGCGCAGGGGCUGGCCACCCUCCUCCACACGCUGGCGGCCGCCCUCCACGCCCUCAUGCCGCCGGGCACCUCCGCCGCGGCGAUGCUGACGGGCGGCGGUGCCGCGCCGCUGGCCAUGCUGCCGCCGCUGGAGGCGGCGGCGGCGCCUUCGGCGCCGUCGCCGGCGGUCGCUGCAACAGGAGCUGCAUCCUCCCUCACCGCCGCUGCCCGGGAUCUGGAGACGGCGCUGCGUGCUGCCAUUGACGCCGCUGCCACCUCCGCCACCGAAGCCUUCGAGUCGCUGCGGCGGGAGGUGGCGGCGCCGGGUGCGGAUGACGUGGCGCUGACGGAGGCGGCGCAGGUACGGCUGGCGGCGCUGGCGGCGCCGGUGACGUCAGCGCUGGUGGGCGGUCUGUCGGGGCUGUGUGAGGCCGCGGUGGGCGCUAGCCUGGCGGAGGCAGACACGGCGGCGGCGCUGAGGGAGCAGCUCAUGGCAUCUGCAGCUGCUGCAGCAGCGGUGCCAGCAGCACCAGCAGCGGCGGGGAUGCUAACCUCGCCAACGCCAGUAACUGUGUCGGCAGCGGGCUUGGGAGGACUUGGCGGCGGUGGCUCGGGUGUGGGUCCUGGCAGCAGCUGGUUGUCGCCGCCGCCGCCGCCGCCGCAGCAGCAGCAGCAGCAAUGGCAGCAGCAGCACCUGGUGGCGCAUUUGGCGGUGCAGCUGCAGUGGCAGGCCGUGGCUGCGUCACCCGCGCUGGCGACGGUAGUCGUGACAACAUCCCCAGGCCGCCCCCACUCCACCGCCAGCACCCCCACCUCCCUCACCUCCGCCUCCGCCUGCCAGCUCUCAGCCGCGCUGCAGUCCCUGCAGUGGCUGCUAGGCGCUGUGACCCGCGCCGCGCCCGCCCCCGUGCCCGCUUCCGCGCCCUCCGCCGCCGCCUGGCUGAAGGCCUCGGUGCGGCUGCGGCUGCAGCUGGGGGUGCUGGCGAGCAGCUGGGUGGCGGGCGGGGUGGCGGCGGCGGGGCAUGCGCUGCUGCUGGGGGGACAGCGGGGGGCGGCGGUGGUGCUGGCGCUGCAUGUGAUGGGCAGGGAGGUGGACCGCGUCAUUGACGCCACCAAAGCCACCCUGGACACCAUCCGGGCCAACCGCACCUACGACGAUGCCGUACUCUCCGCCUGCCUGCCGCCCCUCGCCAACGCCCUCACCUCCCACGCCGCCGCCGCCGUCACCGCCUGCUUCUGGUUGGCCACGCAGCUGCUGAUGACGCCGCUGCUGGUCGCAUGGCAGCAGCCCCAGGUGCAAGCCUCGGCCUCGGCACCGGAACCGCCUCUGCUGCUCCCGCAGCAAGCAUCUAGGGAGCACCCCAGCCCGCGCAUGACGCCCGCGCCGGCGGAGGCUACCGGCCAUAGCAACACCAACACCAACACCUCUGGCUCCUCCGCUGCAGCUAGCGGCAGUAGCGAUAGUAGCGGUGCGGGUGGUUGCUGCUACAGUGCCUCCUUGCAUGUUGCCAGCCAUGUUAACUUCACCCUGCUGACACUCGGAAGCGUCAACGACAGCGGCGCGGCAGCACCUCCUCCCACCUUCGCGGAUCCACCCCGCCCUGUGGAGCCGUCGCUCGCGCCGCUGGGGCACCCCAUGUUGACGACGUGGCAGCCCCGUGGGUCGGUGCUGUACAUUGACAUCGGCCGACUCAACGCCAUGGCGGCGGCGGUGGCCGCGGGGGCGCCCGCAGACGCGGCGCCGCCCGUGGACACGGCGGCGCUGCCGCUGCUGCCGGCGGCGGCGGAGCUGCUGGGUUGGAGUGUACGGCAUGCGGAUGAGUACUACAAUGCGCAGUUCACGGCAGCCGCGGGAGCUGCUGUGGCUGCUGAUGACGCAAGUACGGCAGUGGUAGCGAAGGGUGAUAAGGAGGCUGCUAGUGUCAAAACCGCACCGGUGGAUGUCGGGAAUGCCGAACGCGCACCAAGCGAGGCGGGCAGCGUAAAAAGCUCCCACGGCGGUAGCGUGAAGGAUGCCGCUGCCUGCAAGACUAGCGGCGGGGCCGCCAGCAGACGUAGCAGCAUCAACGGCGGCGGCGUCAUCAACACCCGCGGCGGCAGCCUCCGUGGCAGCAUCAGCGGUGAGCUCCCCGCCAGCGCCGCCGCCGCCGCAGGCGGCCUCAGCGGAGCCCUCAGCUUCGGCAGCGCCGCCUCCGCCGCCUCCGCCGGCAUGGGCCUUCGCACCCCCUUAGUAGCGGAUCCGCUGGCUGCUCUCAGUGAGUCAAAGCUCGCUGCCCGCAUGGCGGCGGAGGCGGAUGUGGCGGUGCUGGCGGGCGGCCGGCCGGAGGAGGCGGGGUCCAUGGUCAAGUGGCUGAGCCAGCAUGGAAUGCUGGUGGUGGCGGCUGGAGAGCUGCAGAGCCUGCUGACGUGUGCUGCUGAGGGCGGUGCUGCCGCUGGUGCUGUAGCCGCUGGGACUGCUGACAUGGAGGGCGGGAGUGCCGGAGGUGGCGGCGGCAGUGCCGAGGCCGCCAGGGAACUGGCACGGGCGCUAGUGGGCCUGCUGUCGAGCCACCACCUGCAAAAGGCCGCAGUGCGGAUGAUGCUGACGGCUUCGCCCAGCGGUACGGCGGCUCCCGCACGGCAGCAGCAGCAGCACGGCAGCCGUUCCGCCACACCAAGGACCUCCUCAGCCGGCUCCACACCACCCCCUAGCACCCACCCGCAGCCGUCACCGCUCCCAUCUACACCAGCGCUGCAACCGCUAGCGGUCCUCACCCAUCUGACGGACACCAGCAUCGCCAAGCCCGCACUGGCAGCAUGCGGCGAGCUAGGCCACCGACUGGAGCUGGCCCUGUGCGCCCUGCAGGCCGCCUUCGCCGCUGCUCCCGCGCUGCAGCCGCAUGCUGACAUGCUGGUCCGCCACGUCAGCAGGCAGCUCACACGGCAGCGGCUGCUGCUGGAGGGGCUGCUGCUGGCACCGGAGCUCCUGCGGGCGAGGCAGCAGCGCGCGAGCGCUGCGGCCGCGGCGGCAGGUGUCAGCAGCAGCAGCACCGUGAUGUCUGCGGCGGCAUCUCCGCGGCAAUCCAUAGCCGCCGCCGACUCGCCACGGCCAUCGUUGGGCGGCCCCGGGUCGGUGUCGGGGCUGAGCAGGCAGAGCAGCGCGAGCCGGCUGCGGUCGCCGCUGCCCAGCAUGCCGCCCAAGGGGCCGUCCAGGCGGGCCUCGCUGGCAGGCUCCACAACCGGGCCCGGCAGCGGGGCUCCAGCAGCGGCUGCUGCAGGUGCGGCUUCAGGCGCAACCCCAGGCUCGGUCCCUGGGGCCGGUACACAGCCGCCGCUGGAUCCCGCGGCAUCGCUGCCUUCAGGCUCGCAUGCAGCGCCGCUACCGAGUGCUCCAUCCUCAGCUGCCGCGGCAGCAGCAGCAACAGCUGCGGUGGUGCCGGAGGCUCCCGCCGCUGCUGCCUCGGCCGCUGACGCGUACAGCACCGAGAGCGAGGAUGAGGAG